UAAAAAGGAAUUUCAUACACCCCCGUUAAUUGGUUUUGUAACCGUUCUGCUAUCGUACUUCCGGCGACUCUACCAGGCGGACGAAGGCGGAGCAAAGAUGGCGGGAGGAGCAAUCGAACAGCAGUACACGACGGCGAAGAUAUCAGUGUGGUGGGACAUAGAGAACUGUCAGGUACCAAAAGGCUUUGAGCCUCAUUCAAUCGCACAGAAUAUCAGUUCCGCCUUGGUUAAUAUGAACUACUGUGGACCGGUCUCGAUUUCGGCUUACGGCGACACUAACGGCAUCCCUGCUUCCGUCCAGCAAGGCCUCAACAGUACUGGAAUCGCUUUGAAUCAUGUUCCUGCUGGGAUCAAAGAUGCAAGCGACAAGAAAAUAUUGGUGGAUAUGUUAUUUUGGGCUGUUGAUAACCCAGCCCCCGCCACUUAUCUGUUGAUUUCUGGUGAUAGAGAUUUCUCAAAUGCACUGCAUCAGUUAAGAAUGAGGAAGUAUAAUAUUCUUUUGGCACAACCUCAGAAAGCAUCUAUGACUCUCGUUGCGGCUGCAAAGAGUGUCUGGCUAUGGACCAGUCUUUUGGCUGGAGGACCACCAUUAACAAAAGGCGAAUUAGCUGAUAAUUCAGUACAUGCGCCAGUUUCUGAACCACUUCAGAUGCUAGAUAACGGGAAAUCCUCAAGAGCAAAAGAUUCGAAACCAAAAGGACAGUCAAUAAGGAAUAACUUCAGUCAACCUGAUGGCAAUCUGGAAAAUAAGAUUAAUUCAAACUCUCAUCAACCAGGAUAUAUGCACCACCCUAGUCACAUUUAUAAUGUUUCUUCAAGUGGAUUGAACUCUAGUCACAUUCUUGUAGGCCCUGCCCCUGAUUAUUCGUGGAGUGAUGAAAGUAACGUGACUACCUACCAAGGUCACCAUCAUAAUCAUCCACAGUCGGUAAUGCCCCAAGGUAAUCCACAACCAACAACUCCUGCACCUGCUCCUAUAGAUUUCUUUCCUCUUUAUAUGCCACCUCCCAUGCCUGAUUUUGUUCACGAUGUUAGUAAGCUUAACGUUUCUGAUUCUGGUAGAGUAAACAAUCCUCUGAUGAGUGAAGGACAGCUGAAACAAAAUUCUGUUGACUCUUCAAAUCACGAAUACAUAAACAAUCCACAAAAAGGACAUGGUAUGCCUAACAAGGCUCAGUUUCACAAAUAUCCACCGUUGGUUACUAAUCCUGAUUUUCAACCACCAUCUUCCUCAGAGUUGGAGACACCUGGAUGCCCAAAACCUUCAGAAAAUGACCAAGAUCUUACAAAGGUAAUUGUAAGCGCCUUGGCAACACUAAAAUGUGAAAAGAUAAUGCCUACUGAAGCCAACAUAGUGAACUGCAUUCGAUAUGGGAAACGUAAUCAACCUAAUAUUGAUGUUAAGAAGGCUCUAAAGAGUGCCUUAAAGCAGCAACUGGUAGUUAAACAGACUCUUGGCUCAUUACCGCCAUUCUUUGUUGGUAAAGAUGAAAAAAUAUGGAAGUGUGUGAACCUUAAAAGUAAUAAUAUUAAAGAUCACUCAAAAGCAACAUGGGAUGAACUCCAGAAGUUUUUAUCAACUCCUGCUGGUCGUUCUGCUAUAACUGCUUCCCAGUGCAGAUACGAGGCAGCAAUUAUCAUAAAGAGAAAAUGCCUAAAACAUACAGCUUUGGGUGAGAUACUUCACGUUUUGCACUUGGCAAGCAGUGCAAAGAAGUGGAUCAUACAUCACCCAUCAGGAUGGCAACCAGUUAGUAUCUCUCUUCCGGAAUCCUAUGUGUAACCAACCGCCCUGCCAGUUGAAAAUGAAAAAAAAAAAGGUUUUUCUGUAGCUUUAGGUUAGUAGAAUUCAAUUAGCUUGAUUAAGACGAGUAAUGGUCACCCGUAGGAUUGGGAUAUGCAACUCGACAAUCAGUUUAAGAAUCGACUGUCCUAUUAUACACCUAGGCUUCUUAUUUUUCAUUCA